GGCGAAGACGAUGGCUCCGGUGAUGCGUAGCCAGUGUCUUCGCCAGCCCGCGAACUCGACGAAGACGCGUGUGUUAAAAAGGCUUCGCGGCUGUAAUCAGUCGGCAGUGCGCGAAUGGUGCGCGCGUCGAAGACAUUCAAUAUUUCAAGUGCGCACGAACAUCACUCGACACUUACUCGACUUUACCUAAAUCAAUAAUUAUUAAUCACAAGUGCAUACAACGCUGGCCAUGAUGUUGAUUAGGCGGAUAAAGUGUGAUUUACUUACGAUGAUGGCGAUGGCGAUACUGGUGACCCACAGCGCGACCGAAACCGAGGCGCGGCCGCAACUCCAGCACCAGCCACAACAGCCUGCCCACAGCGAAGAAGCGUUCUUCCCGGAGCCGUCCGUGCACUACCUCGCGAACGGAUAUCCGCAUCUAGUCCGAACAUAUUACAAUUACCCGUUGUUCGACAGGAAGCGAUUGCGCAUGCAGCAAAUGCAGCGCGCAUGGAAUUACGAGGACCCGGAAAACUAUCUCAUCGACAGCUUCAUGAGCGCCGUCGCCGACGGUCACAUAAAACAACAUCAAACCACUACCACCACAACCACAAUCAAGCCGACGACGACAACAACAUCAAAAGAUGCAAAAACACCUGUGAAAAUCACUCUUCUUCCGUUCUACGGCGGUGCGAAAGGACAAACACUGCAAAUCACUGAAAAUCUCGAUGGUACUGUGAGUACCGAAGUUUUACAAGGACAAUUUCCAGCAAUCGAACCCGAAGGAGAAGAAGAAGAAGCAGUUGAAGCUGUAGAGAAUCCCGUCUUGCCUGUGCGUAGAGAAUCCGAUUAUGGACAAAACAUUAAAAAUAUCCAUCGCAGUGCGUUGAAUAUAAUCCGCCUUCAAGAAGCAGCAAAAACAAAGGAUUAA